AUGGCACACUGUUUCCCCACUGUCCAUCAUGAAGAACCUCCACUCUCCCAACACAGCGACUUCCAUUCACCAAACCUCACACUGUUCUCCCGUGUUCCAGGUUCUCCUGUUUUGGCCCUUCUCCACGGCGAGACUGUGCUCAUUCAGCCUGUACUUGGUCAGGACGUGUCUCUGCUUUAUAUCUCUGAUGGUGAAGAGACACUCUGCCAGUUCAUACUCUCUCGAGGUGUUGUCGUGUCUGACCCGUCCUGCGUGUACCUGUCUCCCGCAGGUGGGAGCUGGGUGUGUGUGCUGCGGUCAUGGCGUGUGUGUCGGAGUUUCUACGCAGGGAAGUGUGUGCUGAUCACCGGGGCGACGGGCUUCAUGGGGAAGGUGUUGGUGGAGAAGCUGCUGCGUUCCUGUCCCGAGGUUAAAGCUCUGUACCUGCUGAUCCGCACCAAGCAGGGCCAGAGCUCCCAGCAGAGGAUCCACACCAUGCUGCAGAGCAAGCUGUUUGACCGGCUCCGAGAGGAGAAUCCAGACUUCCAGAAGAAGAUCAUCCCCGUUAGCAGUGAGCUAACGCAGCCUGGACUCGCUCUGAGCGAUGAAGACGUACAGACGCUCACACAGUCCGUCCACAUCAUCUUCCACUGCGCCGCCACGAUACGCUUCGACGAGCCGCUCAAACACGCUCUGCAGCUGAACGUGAUUGCGACGCAGCAGCUCCUGUCUCUGGCUCAGCAGAUGCAGCAGCUUCAUGCGUUCAUUCACAUCUCCACCGCGUACGCCAACUGCAACCGCCGCCAUAUUGAUGAGGUCAUCUACCCCCCACCUGUGGAGCCCGGCAAGCUCAUCCACUCGCUGGAGUGGAUGGAUGAUGCAAUCGUCCGUGACAUCACGCCGAGGCUGAUCGGUGAUUGGCCGAACACGUACACCUACACCAAAGCGCUGGCGGAGUGCGUGGUGCAGCAGGAGAGCGCGAGACUGAACGUGGGGAUCAUCAGACCCUCCAUCGUCGGGGCCAGCUGGCAGGAACCGUUUCCUGGCUGGAUUGACAACUUCAACGGCCCGAGUGGUGUCUUCAUCGCGGCAGGUAAGGGGAUCUUGAGGACAAUGAGAGCCAGUAAUGAUGCAGUAGCAGAUCUGAUUCCAGUCGACGUGGUGAUCAACCUGACGCUCGCCGCAGGCUGGUACACUGCAGUGCACAGACCGAAGUCUGCUCUGGUUUAUAACUGUACAACAGGAGGCAUUAACCCUUUCCACUGGGGAGAGAUCGAGCAUCACGUGAUGUCGACGUUUAAACGGAACCCUCUGGAGCAGGCGUUCCGUCGGCCCAAUGCUAACAUCACCUCAAACUACCUGAUCAAUCAGUACUGGAUCCUGGUGAGCCACAAGUUCCCCGCGCUCCUGUACGACCUGUUCCUGAGACUGUCCGGGCAAAAACCACAAAUGAUGCGGAUCUUUAACAGGCUGCAUAAAGCCAUCGGGCUGCUGGAGUACUUCAGCAGUCAGGACUGGGAGUGGAACUCUGACAACAUGAACAUGCUGAUGAACCAGCUGAGCACCGAGGACCGAAAGAUGUUUAACUUUGAUGUGCGUCAGUUGAAUUGGCCUGAGUACAUUGAGAACUACUGCAUCGGCACCAAGAAGUACGUACUGAACGAGGACAUGGCCGAUAUUCCAGCCGCCAGACAGCACCUGCGCAAACUGAGGAACAUCCGUUACACGUUUAACACGGUCCUGCUGGUCUUUAUCUGGCGUGUGUUUAUCGCUCGCUCUCAGAUGGCCAGAAACAUCUGGUACUUUGUUGUCAGUUUGUGCUUCAAGUUUCUAUCCUACUUCAGAGCCUCGAGUACCCUCACCAACUAAAAAACAGCAUUCUACUGACCCGGUCUCUUCCAGCGAAACCCGUUCUUUCCCUCAUCUGUCUCCAGACUGUCUCAGUAUACUACAGUAUAGGCCAGACUGUGUCUGUGCUCAUGAGCAUAAACUAAUUUGCACACUCCCAGCGUUGUCCAGUCUGCCCCCAGUCCACUGGAAUCUACCCUUGUCUGCCCCCAGUCCACUGGAAUCUACCCUUGUCUGCCCCCAGUCCACUGGAAUCUACCCUGGUCUGCCCCCAGUCCACUUGAGUGUAUCCUGGUCUGCCCCCAGUCCACUGGAAGGUACCCUUGACUGCCCCCAGUCCACUGGAAGGUACCCUUGACUGCCCCCAGUCCACUGGAAGGUACCCUUGGUCUGCCCCCAGUCCACUGGAGUGUACCCUUGGUCUGCCCCCAGUCCACUGGAAGGUACCCUUGGUCUGCCCCCAGUCCACUGGAAGGUACCCUUGACUGCCCCCAGUCCACUGGAAGGUACCCUUGGUCUGCCCCCAGUCCACUGGAAGGUACCCUUGGUCUGCCCCCAGUCCACUGGAAGGUACCCUUGACUGCCCCCAGUCCACUGGAAGGUACCCUUGACUGCCCCCAGUCCACUGGAAGGUACCCUUGGUCUGCCCCCAGUCCUCUUGAGUAGUCUGCUCCUAGUCAUCUAGAGUGUACUCUGAUCUGACUGCAGUCUGCUAGAAUGUACCCUGGUCUGCUCCCUGUCCACUCGAGCGUACACUGAUCUGCCCCCUGUCCACUAGAAUCUACCCUGGUCUGCCCCCUAUCCACUUGAGUGUCCACUGGUCUACCCCCCAGUUAUCUGCAGUAUACCCUGGUCUGCCUGCAAUCCGAUAAAAUGUACCCUGGGCUAACUCUAUUCGACUGCAGUGUAUCCUGGUUUGCCCCAAGUCCAGUUGAGUGUACUCUGGUCUGCUUUGAGUCUACUUGAGUAUACCCCUGUCUGCCCACUAGUCUAACCAGUUUGCCCAAAGUUUAAUCAAUCAUAACUUGGUGUGCACACAAUCUUCUUAAACAGACCCCACUUUGUACCCGAGUAUACCCCUGUCUGCCCCAGUCCACUAAAAUAUUAACCUCGUCUGCCCCCAGUCUACUCCAGUUAACCCCCUGUCUGUGUGAGCAUACCCUGUUCUGCCCCCCGUCCGUGUGAGUUGGUCUUACUGUUUCCUCUCUUCCCCUUUUUGUCUGCAGUAUUCCCACCCUAUUCCUCAUCAGACUUCACUACACCCCCAGCUCUUCCUAUCUGCCCCACUGAGAUUCGAUCUACCCCUAAUCUUUGACCUUUUGCCUCUAGUGACCUUUUGAUUGUUACCUGAUCCUUCCUCAGAAACUGGAGUAUUCUCACCAACAGAACACAGCAUUGUACUGCCCGUGUCUAAUCAUACCCCCUGCUAAUCAGCCCCAGCAAGUCAGUCUCUCCCAGUCUUAGUUUAAACCAGUGACCAAUGUGCUAACGGUUCUCCAGCGUGUCAGGCUGAGUCCACCCCACUCGCCCCUGUCGGAGUUACUCGGGGUGCCUGAGGGGCGCGUGGUGCGAUCUCACCGUCACCACACCCACUGUUUUUAGAGCUUUCUCUCCUUUUAUAAUACGUAUACAACCGCUAUAUAUGCAACAGCCACUCUUAUUUUACCUUGCUUGUACAUUUGUCCAUGUUUUCUGUUUAAUUAAUGAUAGAAUUAUUAUUAUUAUUAUUAUUAUCAUUAUUAUUAUUACUGUUAAUUGUCCCGAGACAAAGCCUUGACUUUUUUUUUUUUUUUUUUUUUUUAAAGAUUUUAAUCAUGACAGUGUUGAAAGAAGAUUAUGACUUAUCGAAAUCUCUAAAGCUCUGGUUGUGUGUGUGUGUGUGUGUGUGUGUGUGUGUGUGUGUGUGUGUGCGCGCAGUCGGGUCCAAACGUCUGUGUUCACUCCCAAGAACUGUUUUUAUUUCAUCAGUUAUCGAACACUAAUAAUCGUUGUCUCAGUCCACACACACACAGUCGUAUAAACCCGUAACGGUGUUAAUUGUCGUCUCUUCAUUCUCUUCUAACACUUUGAUCUCGCCCCAGAUCAUGUUUUACCAGAAUAGGUGUGUUGAAGAAAUUAUAAUUUUAUACAUUUUUGAUAACUGAUGAAUGAAAACUGUUCUUUAUUUUCUGAUUUCAUGCUGUUUAUGAUGCGCUAAAGCAGGUUUUAUAGCAGUAAUCAAUGAUCCUCGUUAAAUACCGGCAUGUUCAUGCGCAGUUCUGCAGUAUUAGCACUAAACGCUAAAGGCUGCAUGUUUCAGGCUCGAUCUGUACUUUAGCAGCUUACAAUUCAUUCAUAUUUACAGGUUUUUUUUUUUAUUUACCAGAAGUUCAACCAGAUAUACCUUUGGCUUGCUAAGCUAAUUUGCACUGAGCAUUUGCACUUGGCAUGUUAGCUAAGUUCACAUUUUAAUGUGUAAAAUUUGUACAAUUUAGCAGAAAUAUGUUUUUCAUUAUUACAUUUUAUUCAUCUUGCUAGCUUAGCUACCUUGUCAGUUCGUUACUGUAAAAUAUAAUUGUCCCAAUUUGCAAGUUAGCCAAGGUAAUAUUUUGAAGAGUGUAAUAUUUUUUCUUCUUUUUUUUUUUUUUAUCAGAAAUACGACAUCCCAUCAGCUUAGCUAACAAGUAAUACCUAGUAGCUACCUGAGUUUGCAAGUUCAUCUUUUGCAAUUUACAGUUUUCCUGAUUAACCACAAGACGUCCAUAUCCCUUACACUUAGCAAAUUUACAGGCUAGCUAGCACUGACCAUUUCCCCGACCUGACAUGUUAGCUAAGUUUUCAAUUUGCAAGAAUACCAAUUAUUAUAAAUAAUUUUUAGCAGUGUCCCAUGGCGCGCUAGCCUGUAAGUUCUUAGCAGAAAUUGGUCGUUGUCACUUGCUAACUUCCUGCAGUAAUGUGGAGAGAAGGCUGAAGUAUUGUUUGAGCUGAUUGUAAUGUUUACUGACGCACAGACUGCCCUCUGUUGAUACGAUGCCAAACGAAAUGCAUUUUUACAUUUUUAAUAAGAACAAAAGUGUGUGUUUACUGUUCUCGAGUGUUUCAUGUACUGAUAGAAGAUAUUUACACAGAUGCCAUAUUACAGUACAGAGCUCGUCUUCCUCCAUCCUGUCACAUGUUUUAAUGACAAGUUUAAAUACAAAUCCAAUGAAAAUGAAGUGAAAUUGUAUUUAUUCUCCUUUAUUCUUUUUAGUUCAUGUCAACAUUUUCAACUGAAUCACAUUAGGAAUCUCAUUUUUCUCCUUUUCUCACACAUUUCUAAGAAUAAAACAUCCCCACACUCCAUUUUUCUACACCUCACGAACACCUUGAUGUCUUAAAAUAAAAGCGUGCAAUCAGAAA